GCAGAUAUCUUUUGCAAAGUAUGCAUAUGACUUACACUUCUAGUUGAUAUUUUACACGGUACAUAUUCACCAGCUAUCAAAUAUGAAAGAUCAUACUCCGCUAUUCGUUAUGUUUAUUGUUGUUGUUUUGACAAUGCCAACGAUAAUUUUCGCAAAACCGUACAAUAAUUCAGUGAGUGAUAGUGUUAAGAUGCCCCUCGUUUCCAACGAAUUAAAAGCUCCACUUGUUGUUGACCUGGACGCGUCUGCUUUAAAUGCACAACUGAAGGAUUACAUUGAUGAUAAUAUUGUUUCUACUUUUACUGAAAAAAUGGAAGACAUCGUUAACAAAAAACUGCUCGAACUAAAAGACAGUAUGCUUAACGAAUAUUCGUCAAAGCUGGCAAAAUCAAAUACCAGAUAUAACCACAAUUUAUCAGAGAUGCAUACAGAUUACGAAAAUAAAUUUUCAGAUCUAUCAGAGAACCAAACUGAAAAUGUUACCAAGUUCAUGGAAAAUGUUCAGGAAUGGCAAAAUACUAUAAUGCAAUCAAUGAAUGAACAAAGUGAAUAUUUGCAGAAAUCAAAGAUUGUAUACGAGAAUCAGGUAUCUGAAAUACUGGGAAAUUAUAGAGAUCAGACAUCCCAAAUAUCUAAAGGUGCAAUUACAAAUUUUACUGAUCUUAAAACGGAUAUGGAAGAGUGGAAAAAUUAUAUGGUUGCUGAUCUCAUCAAAUCAGUCACAAAUAACUUAACACAAUUUGAAACGAAUAUGAUUGAUGGUAUGGACAUAAUAAAAGAUAAACUCGAAAGAAUUCAACAUGUUCAAGAUCUUCUACCAGAAGUCCGUGAGUGCUCAGAUUUAAAUUCAAAGUUUGCUGAUGUUUACAAUAUCUCACUCGAUGAUUCACAUACGUUAGAAGUAAGAUGUGAGACAGGAGGCUGGACGGUCAUUCAAAAGCGUUUCAAUGGAGUAACAGAAUUCUACAGAAACUGGCAAGACUACGAAAAUGGAUUUGGUGACCUAAAUGAGGAAUUUUGGUUAGGAAAUAAGUAUAUCGCCUUGCUGACAUCACGAGGAAAGUAUGAACUGAGGAUUGAUCUGGAGGACUGGAAUGGUGAAAAAAAAUAUGCUCUCUAUAAAAGUUUUAAAGUUGGUGAUCAAUCCACUAAAUACAAACUGACUAUUAGUGGGUAUUCUGGAAAUGCAGGUGAUAGUAUGACGUAUCAUACCAAUGUGCCUUUCUCCACUUACGAUCGUGAUAACGAUGCUAGAUUUGAAUUUAACUGUGCAGCUCACAAUACAGUGAAAGGUGCAUGGUGGUAUAAAAGCUGUUGGAAGUCUAGUUUGAACGGAAAAUAUUCCAAUAACUCAUCUUCAGGAGGAAUAAAGUACGAGGAUAUGAAAGGAUCUGGCACACUCAAAAAGUCCUCUAUGAUGAUCAAAAGAACUUAAAAAUAUUCAUUAAUUAUAAUCUAUGUUUUUUUGGUUUCUUUCGCUAGGCUUACUACUGUUUUUAAAACUAAUUACGCAUAGGCGGAUUUCUUUAGUAAAGAAAUAUUUAUCUAG